CAUAAGAAUUAUUCUUUCUUUUUUUUAUGUCUUAUGCAUAUUUGUUAAUGUUAGUGAGUCACAAAAUUUAGAUAUUUGAAUUCACUAACCAUUUUACCAAAAAUAAAAAUUUACUCCACUAUAGAUUGUUGUCCGUCUAAUAAGAAAAGCGGUGUUGAAAACUUAUAAAUUCAUCCUCUCUGUUGCAACCAUUUUGUUUCUUAUGUUGACAAGUUUGUCCUACACGUCCAAAGUUUUAUAUAAAAGAGAUCAAAGAGACAACAAGUUCUCAAGUCCAAAACUAAACACUAUUUUGAAUGGAUACUUCGCCAAGGACCCGAAUUGUACCUACUAGACGAUCCAACUCGGUCAAAUUCUCCUCGACGGUUAACAUUUCAACCCGGCGAUCACUCUCUUCCUCCUCCUCCAAUUCCCUCCUAUUCUCCGGCAACUCUCCGGCAACUCCUCUCCAUCCACUUGGCAUCCCAUUUUCAUGGGAAAAGCUUCCCGGUAAACCUAAAGAGUUCUCGUAUCACCGGAAAAACGAAUCAUUAAGCAACCUCUUGCCUCUCCCUCCUCACUGGAGUAACCAUAGCCCUAACACCAGAUGUAAGAAGAACACGUCCCCUGCGGCCAUGAGAGAUCCUUUCAUGGCGGCGUUGGUAGAGUGUUCCAAAGGCGCUACCACAGACGGAGAACAUACCGGCGGCGAAUCAAGGAAGGUCUUGAGGAAGAGCAGGAGCAUCGGGUUACUGAAUCUUUACUCUUCUUGUAGAAGAGCUUGUGAAGUUUCUGAAUCCAUUGUUUAUCUCCCGAAGUCCAUUGCUUCCUACGAUCAUCUUCAUCUCAGCACUCGUGGUCGUCGUCGCCGAUGAUUGAUCACAUUCGUCAUCCUUAUUAAAUAUAAUAAGAUUUGAAUAAAAGAUAAUUAAUUAUACAAUACGUAAAUAAAUAUGUUUUUUCUAUUAUUAAUGCAUAUAAAAAGGAGCAUUAUUGCGUUAGAUUCUCUAGAAUCUGUGUGUGUGAGAAAAAAAAUCGAGAGAUGAUGUGAAAAACAGCAAAUGCAUGGUUAGAUCCAAUUCCAAUGGAUAAGUUGGUUAAUACUCAUACGUUUUUUGUGAGAGUGUCAAUGCACUUUUAUAUGUGACCAUUAAGGAAGAAAUAUGAUCAUCUACACAGACAGUUCAGUUAAAAUCAUAAUCAAUUUAAUUUUGUAUAGACUAUAGAGCACUUGGAUGUUUUCAUCAAAACAAUAUGUAUCAUGUAUAGUAUUUAGGAGCAAUCGACUUUUCGUCGAUCAUGCCAGUCAAUUAUUCAAUUUUACUCUUUUAAUUAGGAAAAGCGAAUUUUAUCAUUUUUUUCUUGAAUAGUAGGGGUUUUAAUCUCUAAAAGACAAUGUAAAUGUAUAUUU